CAACGCAAACCAAACAAGAAACCCAGACUCUAGCAAAUACCUCUUCCCCGGGGAUACCCCACCUUCAAACCCCCAGGUAGUUAACCUACAUACCCAGCGAAAGCUACGGGCGGUUCCACCAAAAAAAAAAGUCCAGUCUUCCUAAUUUCCGGGUGGGAAUGGAUCGAACUUCCCACGGUCGCUCGUCAGACAGAUUGACACAUCAUUACAUCAUUUACAUCUCAGCCAUGGCUCCACUUGGUGCCAUAUUGAUGCUGACGCCUUUCGACCCUGAGCCUGUGGGAUGUUGACGCGUUCUGCUUGGCACCCACCCUACCAGUCCUUGCUGUGGAGGACUACAAAAACAGUCCCCCACCUCCCCAAUGGUUAGCACGCCUAGUUACUAGUGAUCCCGCCUUCCGCAACGAUGGUUUUGCUCACCGUCUUGCUCCUCGCCACAUUUGUCGCUGCGAGCCCAACCGACUCGGAGCUUGUCCGUGCAUCAUCUCCUAGUGCUUCCCUGGACUCCAUCAUUCCUCCCGCAAGCAAAUUGCUUCCCCUAGUCUCUCAGCCUCGGUCUAUGUAUAAGAAACAGCUUGUUGAGGGAAUCUGCCGCAAUUUACCGGACCAUUUUUGGACGACUAGCUUAGCUGGAUCCAGUCUCGAUCAGGAGUACCUAGCGAACGUCACUAUUGGAGGACAGAAUUUCUCCCUUAUCGUUGACACUGGAAGUUCCGACACUUGGGUUGCCAUGAAAGGCUUCAAAUGCUUCAACAUGACGAGCGGCGGAGAGUCCCAAUCUCCGUCUGAAUGCGGAUUUGGUAGCGAAGGAUUUGACCCGUCCAAGUCUUCUACGUUCGAGCCGUAUGCCGACGUCGAUUUCAACAUUUCAUAUAGUGAUGGUGGUUUUAUGGUUGGCAAUGUUGGAUACGAUACUGUGUCGGUUGGCGGGAUGACCGUGACGCAUCAGGAGAUUGGUCUUGUCACGCAUGCGUCGUGGCACGGCGACGAAAUCAACACAGGUCUCCUGGGCCUUGCAUAUCCAGGCCUCACUAGCGUCCACGAUAGGAAGACUGGGGAUCAAGUUAUUUAUGACCCGUUAUUCUUCUCGGCCGUCAAACAAAGUGCGGUUCCUCAUCCUUGUAAGUAUCGGUUGUCGGGCCUCCGUCGUAGCAAUGAUGUUGCAAUUGUUCAUGUCUUGCGCGUGCUGAUGGGAAAUCGACGAUUUUUAGACUUCUCUAUCGCACUUAACCGCGGCACAUUUUCCGCCAGGUCAAGUCCCACCUAUGAUCCGAAAUUGGGAUACUUGGGAUUCGGUGGUUACGUUCCAGUCCCCACAACCUAUCCCACCGUUACGGUUCCUGUUUUAGUUGAUACCCAAGGAACGCCCAAGUAUUUCUUCUGGACGGUCGAGAUCGACUCGUACAUCUUCCCGGGUUCAUCUGCCCUUAAGACCAGCUCCAACGCUACGAUUCUUGAUACGGGGACUACACUCAACUUCCUCCCCACCCAUAUCGCAAGGGCAUACAACUCCAAAUUCUCCCCACCGGCUACGUACGUGGCUAGCGACGGGGUAUAUUAUGUCCAUUGCAACGCAAAAGUUCCAGAGUUCUCGGUAAAAAUCGGGAGCAAGGCUUUCAGCAUUGAUGCAAGGGACCAGGUUGUUCCCACUGGAUCAAAGGAUGGGAACGGCGAGGAUAUUUGUAUAUCUGGUACUCAGGAUGGAGGUCCUGGAAACACGUUCGUCCUUGGGGAUGUGUUUCUCCAUAACGUCGUCUCUACAUACAACAUCCAUUCGAACCAAAUAACGCUUUCUCAGCGAGCCCCUUAUUGAUGAGGGAGGGAUGGGAUGGUGCUCUAAUUAAGGUGUAUUUACGAUGCGCACUUCUUCGGAUACCCAUACAUGAAUUCGGUGGCCCUUAUACACAAUAAUGGAAUGUAACCGCUUUGUUCCACCUAACCCUGGUUGUCCGAGGUGUAACUGAGAGCAAAAGUCAGGUAAGCACUAGGAUGGAAAAAGUAGUUGCAGGGUUAUGCGAUACGACAGUCGUGAUGCGCGCCCACCUGGCAAUUGAACCAAAGGUUUGAAGUUCCGGCAAGAAAAUCCACGCU